CGUUUAUUCGCUGCGCACGCAGACGGUUGUUAGCUGCUCUCUCAGAAAGUAUCUCCAACUCGAACGUAGGUGUGUCAGUUACUGCGCUUGUGUAAGUACUACGCCCCAAGAUCAAAGAUGUCGUAUAGCGCGGAGCGUGCGCUCUCCUUUCUCUAUCCCUUCGUUAUCCUGACAUCGCUCAUCUCCUGCAUUACGUCCGCUGUAGCAUGGACGCAUUGGCGAUAUGUGCUCAAUGCUUGCCCGGACACCAAUUGCGGCUGCGUGUUGCACGGGCGUAGCACCUACAAUAGCUUUGAAGGCGGCAACAUUGCCUAUUGCCAUUAUGCCACCUACGGUUUGGUUUUGCCCCUCCUCUUUGCGGUGGUGUUGGCCGUCUAUCAUGGUUAUCGCAUCUGCAUAGGCAAGGGAAAACGGAAGGCGGGCACGACAACCAUCAGACAGCGCGCUGGCGAUAUGAUCGUGGUCACCACUGAGUCGGAACUAACCCCCGAUGGCCUCUCGCCCUACUAUUGGCUUCCUGCAACUGUCAUAUCAGUUAUUAUGGCAAUUUAUCAGCUGAUCUAUGCUGCCAUUUUCACAGAUGGCUUUGAGGUAACCUGCAAACAGUAUCGCGAGUCCUUGUUGAAGGAGAUUCAAGGAGUUGGCAACAUUGUGCCUGUGAUCAAGCAACGUUUGUCCUGCUCGGCGAUUUUUGACUUUAUGGACUUUAUGGUGGAGAGCAUUUCGUAUGAACGUCGUCGCUAUGGACGCAUCAAUACUUCGGCCUGUUUAUACUUGACAUUAAUUUUGUCCUGGCUGGCACUCUUUGGCUGGCUUAUCAUUUGUGCCAUCAAUAUUAUUAAUAUGCGACGUACGCGACCAGCUCGCGUUUAACUUAAAUGACUUUGAAACGAACAUAACGACUGGCCGAUUAUAUAUGUUCUGCUAUAGCUACAGCUGCAUAUUCGCCUUAUUACUUAGAAUAGAUUGCACAUUCCGAUUUACAUAUACAUUAGUUUUUAUUUAAUAUUUGAAAUAACGUCCACGGUAUCACGUACCGAUAUCAACGCAUUGUACAAAUACAUGUUGAACAAUUUUACGAUAAC